AUGGCUCCCAACAAGGAUGAGAAGAACCUUGUGGAUAGGCUGCGCGCCUUCCAGAGAAGCAAUCAGGCCAACAAACGAUGUGCGGACUGUCCCGAGCGUGGCCCGACAUACGUUUGUUUGGACUAUCAGAUAUUCGUGUGCCAGACGUGCUGUGGCCUUCACCGAGAGUUCGGCCACAAGAUCAAAAGCAUCUCCUUCUCAGAAUGGAGCGAGGCCGAGGUGGCCAAGCUGGAGGAGGGUGGCAACGAACUUGCCCGGGCAAAGUGGCUGGACAGAUGGCAUGCCGAAGCCUUCCCGGAGCCAGAUGGUAGCGAUGUGGAAGCCGUGCGAGAAUUCAUCAGGCUAAAGUACGUAGAGAAGAAGUGGUUCCGACCACAUGGAAAGCCACAAACGCCGGACGCCUCCAAGGUGGCUACUGCUGCCCCUGCUGCUGCCCCUGCUGCUGCAGCCCCUGCUGCUGCAGCCGGCUAUGAAACUUCCGCGCCGCAGGCGCCUGCGCAGGCUGUAGACCUUCUUUCUGGAGGAGAUCCAUCACCGGUUGAAGUUCCUGCUCCGGCUGCUCAGGCCAAGGCUGAGGUGUCAGAUCUUCUGGGCGGCUUAGACCUUGGACAAAGCCAGGAGCAGCCUUGGACGGCGGAUUUCAGCAACGUGUCGAACUUCGCCCCCAAGGCACCCCCGGACCUGACGGGAGCAGCAGCUGGACUGAUCGAUUUGGAUUUUGGCUGGAAACUGAGCGUGAAGAAACAGUGCCAGCACUUUUCAUGGCACCUGUCAUGGCACAUCGUUGACUAA